AUGUUUUUCGCGAAUAGUUGAGUGUUAAAAUGUAUCGCAUUUUGUUUAUUUUAGGCUUACUUACAGCAAUAGAAUGCCAAGUCUGCACCAAGAGAGUUAUGAGCAGUCGUUGGGUUCCACAAACUUAUGUUAAGUCAUACAGGGAAAAUUAUCACGCCCAAUGCUGGUAUGGUAGCUGUACGAGGUCGAGGAUAGCUACCUAUGUAGACAGCAAGUGGGUCCAGAAAGUUGUUGUUGAAAAUAAGAAGACGUGUUGCGAUGGUUAUAUUCAAACGGAUGAUGACGAACUAGAAGAUAACAUUCAAUGCAAUCCUAUUUGUAUACCAGCUUGUAAAAAUGGCUAUUGUGAUAAACCAGGAGAAUGCAAGUGCAACGAUGGUUACUUCUUUAAACCCCGCAGCACCUAUGAAUGCCUGCCAUCCUGUAAAAAUGAUUGUGGACGAGGGCAUUGUAGUGCCCCCGAAACAUGCAAAUGUGACUUUGGAUACGUUUUUCAAAACUAUACAUGUCAACCAAUCUGCAAUGAGCCCUGUAUAAAUGGGACUUGCAUUGCACCAGAGACCUGUGAAUGUAAUAUUGGCUAUCGAAAGUCAGAGGAUAACACUUGUGCACCAUACUGUUCUGAGGGAUGUACACACGGAACAUGUGUUAGCCCAGAAGUUUGCGAAUGCGUCGCUGGAUUCAAAAAGUCUGAAGAUGGAUGUGUACCACAUUGUGUUAGUGAUUGUGGUUAUGGUAUUUGUACUGCACCAAACGAAUGUACAUGUAAUGAAGGAUAUAAAAUAGAAAAUAGAACUUGUAUACCGCACUGCCACGGCACGUGCGAGCAUGGCAAAUGUAUUGCUCCAAAUACGUGUGAAUGCGACGAAGGUUGGUCCAAUGUUUUUGGUGUUUGUCAACCAAUUUGUUCAAUCCCUUGUCGAAAUGGUGCCUGCAUUGGUCCAGAUGAGUGCCUGUGCGACACUGGGUAUGAGAAAGCCGAAAAUGGUUCUUGUACUCCUCAUUGUGCAGAAUGUGAUAAUGGCAAAUGUAUUGCUCCAAAUACGUGUGAAUGCGAUGAAGGUUGGUCCAAUGUUUUUGGUGUUUGUCAACCAAUUUGUUCAAUCCCUUGUCGAAAUGGUGCUUGCAUUGGUCCAGAUGAGUGCCUGUGCGACACUGGGUAUGAGAAAGCCGAAAAUGGUUCUUGUACUCCUCAUUGUGCAGAAUGUGAUAAUGGCAAAUGUAUUGCUCCAAAUACAUGUGAAUGCGAUGAAGGUUGGUCCAAUGUUUUUGGUGUUUGUCAACCAAUUUGUUCAAUCCCUUGUCGAAAUGGUGCUUGCAUUGGUCCAGAUGAGUGCCUGUGCGACACUGGGUAUGAGAAAGCCGAAAAUGGUUCUUGUACUCCUCAUUGUGCAGAAUGUGAUAAUGGCAAAUGUAUUGCUCCAAAUACAUGUGAAUGCGAUGAAGGUUGGUCCAAUGUUUUUGGUGUUUGUCAACCAAUUUGUUCAAUCCCUUGUCGAAAUGGUGCUUGCAUUGGUCCAGAUGAGUGCCUGUGCGACACUGGGUAUGAGAAAGCCGAAAAUGGUUCUUGUACUCCUCAUUGUGCAGAAUGUGAUAAUGGCAAAUGUAUUGCUCCAAAUACGUGUGAAUGCGAUGAAGGUUGGUCCAAUGUUUUUGGUGUUUGUCAACCAAUUUGUUCAAUCCCUUGUCGAAAUGGUGCUUGCAUUGGUCCAGAUGAGUGCCUGUGCGACACUGGGUAUGAGAAAGCCGAAAAUGGUUUUUGUACUCCUCAUUGUGCAGAAUGUGAUAAUGGAAGAUGCGUGGCUCCAAAUAUUUGUGAAUGUGAUGAUGGUUGGGUCAAAAAAAACUCAAGCUGUACUGCGUUAUGUAACACACCGUGUGGGCAAGGCUUUUGUGUGCAACCAAAUGUGUGUGAUUGUUAUUCAGGAUAUAAACAAGACAUUCGGGCAUUAGAUGGUGAAAUUUGUGUCCCUGACUGUGACUUAUGUAAUAACACAUGCGUGGAACCUGAAUGUGUGUGUGAUUAUCCAUGUUGUACCAGUGUGGAUUGUAUUAAAAUAUAUCAUACGGAAGGGAAAACGACAGUAGAAGACAGUAAUACUACGGAAAGUUAUACAAAAAGUACAAACUACUUGAAUACAACAACGAGUAUAGAUCAUUCUAUAACCUAUUAUGAUGAUAUUUCGACUGACGAUAUUUCGACCACAGAUAAUGAAGAACUAUCAAAACAAACAAAAGACGAGCAUGCAGGAUAUCCAUACUGGGUCUAUUUUCUUUUCCUGGGUCUUAUUAUAGUAGCAGCACUUUCUGUGUGUAUGAUACUUAUCGCAAGCAGGAAAAAGAUGCAGCACUAUUUUAAAGGUGGUACCUAUAAAAUACAUGAUCCCUACCCUCAAUGCAAGGAUUUGACAAUACCUCAAGCUAUGUCUGGUAGCUUGUCUUCGAUUAUAUCAUACUCUGAUAUUAAGAACAGAAAAGAAUCCGUUCAUAUGUAGGAUUAUAAAAGAUGGGAAGAAAUAUUUUCAGUGAUAAUUAGUACUUAUAAGGAAUGGUAUUGAAUGUUUUAUUAAGCAUUUACAUUAAUUUUAUUCGUGUGUUAAAGUACGGCCAUCUAUACGACAUGAUUGAAAACUAAAUGAAUGUGGCAAACAGACUGAAGAAUAGUAUAGACCAUCGAUACUAGAUGUCGCUAUAAUAUCAUUUAAAGUAAAGUUAUUUAAUUUAAAUUAUU